AUGCGUCUUAUAAAUGUAAACACCUACGCCCUCUCCGAAUUCCUUGAAAGCGAUGUCCCACCCUACGCCAUCCUCUCCCACACCUGGGGCCAAGACGAAGUCUCCUACCAAGACAUGCAAAAACUCAAGCUCGCCAGAAAGAAAAAGGGCUUCUCGAAAAUCGCCUGGGCAUGUCUCGAAGCCUCCUUGGCAGCGAUCCAAUGGGCUUGGGUCGACACGUGCUGUAUCGACAAGACCAGCAGUGCCGAGCUGCAGGAGGCGAUCAAUUCGAUGUAUAGGUGGUAUGCUGAGGCGCAGGUGUGUUAUGCUUAUCUUGGCGAUAUCUCGAGGAUGGAUUGGAUGGUGAAUCGAUUUCGUGCAUUACAUGCGAGCAAAUGGUUCACCCGUGGCUGGACGCUCCAGGAACUAAUUGCACCCCAAGACGUGCGCUUCUACGGCGAGGACUGGUUCAUGCUAUUCGAGGGCUCUCAUGAGGUCGCCUUGCUGUCUAGCAUCACGAAGGUGGACGUGGCGGUUCUGAGGCACGAGAUAAGAUUGAGCAGCAUCAGUAUUGCGAAACGGAUGUCCUGGGCUGCUUAUCGGCGGACUUCGAGAACGGAGGAUAUGGCUUAUUGUUUGUUGGGUUUGUUCGAGGUCAGUAUUCCCAUGCUGUACGGAGAAGGCAAGAGAAGCUUUCGUCGUUUACAGGAAGAGAUUAUCCGAACAUCAAAUGAUCAUUCUAUAUUUGCGUGGGGUCUCAACCUCGACCGGAGCACUAGCGACCUUCUGGCUUCCUCUCCGGCUGAUUUCCGAGGAGGUCAUGACAUCGUCUCGUGGGGCAGACCCGGCCAGCAUGAGAUGACCAAUCGCGGUCUUAGAAUCAAUUUGCCUGUAUUGCAGCAGGAGACACCAGCUGUACCUGUACCAUGGAGCGCUGAGUACGAAGAACAGUAG